AUGCGAGAUUAUCAGCGUUCUUCCGGCUACCGUGCUGGUGACCCUGGUGCAGGAGGAGGAGGAGGAGGUCCACCACCUCCACCACCUCCACCACCACCUCCAUCAUCAUCAGGAUCAGGAGGAGGAGCAGCAACAGCAGCAACAGCAGCAGCAGCAGGAGCAGCAGGUGGAUAUAUAACAGAUACAACAAUUCCUUUACCAGGUAUAUUAGAGG